AUGGCUCGCUUCAUUCUAGCUGCUUUUCUAUUUGCCUUAAGUGUCACGGCGAUCACCCCGAAUAACGCUGGCGCAAAGAACGUUGGGUCUGGGAAUGGAUCACAAUUCAUCACAGGAGGCUGCGUCAAUGACGCUGAUUGCCAAUCGGGUUGUUGCGCGGAUGCAAGCAACGUUGGUGUAUGUUCGGCUGAAGCGGCACAGUUCCAGAAUGGAAAGAAUGGAUGCAACUUCGUUGACCCGAACGCUGCCGCUACAAUCGCAGCUGCAAAGCAGCAGGUUAAGAAACAAGGCUUUUAA